AUGUAUAAUUUUGAAAGAUAUGAUCCUGAUAAACCUAGAAUGGUUACAUCAUUCAAAGGUAAUCAAAAAUUGAUCUUUGAAGGAUAUCGUUAUAAUAUUCAUCAUAUCGUUCCAACAAAAGGUGUCAAAACGUGGAGAUGUGUAUGUGCCAAAAAAUUAACAUCGGCACGUUCAUGGUGUAAAGGUAGAGCAGAAACCUGGGAUUCAGAUACUCAGGGUUUAGCUAAAGGUGAACAUAAUCAUGAUCCAGAACAUGAAGUUGCUGAGUUAGAAUAUUUUAAAUCACAAUUAAUUAUGGCUGCUAUUGCUUGCCCUAAUGUCCCAUUAAAUGAUUUGAUUGCUGAGGCACAGCAGUAUAUGACGGAAGGUUUACAAUUUACCUCAAAAGACAGUUUAAAAAAAUCAUUAACUAUUGCCCGAAAGAGUAGUGAUAAUGGUGGUUUUAAAUUUAGAAAUUAUAAAACAGCUGGUGGUACUGGUAUAAAAAAUACUAAUAAUAAAAAGGAAUUUGAUACAACAAAUGAUUUUCCAACACUUUUAAAUUCUAUCAUUGCAAAUACUCCAAAAUCUGAUAUACCAUCAUCAAUGGCUACACUUAUUCAUUUAUCAAUGAAAUCAGAUAUGGAAAAAUCAAUAAAUAGUAAUACAUCAACAGAAUCAGAACAUGAUUCUUUACCGGAGCAAAUUAUUUCUAAUCCUAUGAUACAAUUAAAUACAUUACCAAGAUUUCAACCAGAUAACAAUCCUUUCCUGACACAUUUUAACUUAUUAAGACAAAUUGCUCUUGCACAACAAUUAAGUUCUGCUGCUGCCUCUCAACAACAACAACAACAGCAACAACAACAACAUCACCUUUCAACACCACAACAACAAAUAUUUAAUGAUAAUAAUUCAAUUUUUGAUCUCUUAGGAACUCCACAAACUCCUAGAAAGUACCGUAGAAAUACAGAAAAUAAUUGUAAAGGGUCAUCCGUUAAAAUAAAAUUACCCCCAACACCUAAAACUAUUGAUAAAAAUAAUACAAUUGGAAAAAUUUCUUUUAAUUCUCCAGUUUUACCAAAUAUAACAGAAUACAUUAAUGGUAAUAAUGUUGAUUUAUCUUCUAAUAUAAAAAAAGAGAUAAAAAUUAAGGAAGAAAGUACAGAUGAAAGGAUUCUCAAGGCUAAUCGUUUAACAGAUAUCUUUAAUAGACUAUCAUCUCGUGCAGCAAUGAAUAUUGAGUCACCACCACCAGAUCAGUCAUCACCUACAAGUAGUUCUGGUGAAAAUAUUUCACCAGAAAAAGUUACUAUUGGUACACAAACAGUGUGCUCUGCUGCAUUAUUCAAUGAAGUUGAAAAGAAGGAGGAUGACAAUGAUAUUUGUAUAACAACAUCAGCAUGUGGAUGUAAAGCUAUCAAAAUGUGUUGCUGUAUAAAUUCUUCAGGAAAUAGAAAACGUCCCUCUGAUCAAAUUAGUUGUUGA